CUCAGGAGGGAUGGAGACUCUGGGAACCAGUCAAUUGGAGUUUUGCAGCUAGUCUUUGUUCUUCACUUCUAAUAGGAUGACUUCUGACUGUUUCCCCAUGUGCUGCUCCUCUGAAUCCUGUGCCCAGGCUUCCGACUGUGCUCUUGCUUCAACCUGUUCCAUGGAGGCCACCUGCCUCCCCAGUGCCCCUGCUACAUCCAGAUGCCAGACCCCUAGCUUCCUAUCCAGGUCUCGCUUGCCAACUAGUUGCCUCACACCAUGCUAUUUUGCUGGGAAUUAUAAUAUUCCUUGCUUGGUGGGGAACUGUGCUUGGUGUGAGGAUGGGGUGUUCAACAGCAAUGAGAAGGAGACAAUGCAGUUCCUGAAUGACAGACUUGCCAACUAUCUAGAGAAGGUGCGUGGCCUGGAAGAGAUGAACGCAGAGCUCGAAUGCAGGAUUCGAGAGCAAUGUGAAGAGGAUAUCCCACUGGUGUGCCCUGAUUAUCAGUGUUACUUUGACACCAUUGAAGAGCUUCAGCAAAAGAUCUUAUGCACGAAGGCAGAGAAUUCCAGACUUGCUGUGCAACUUGACAACUGCAAACUGGCUGCUGAUGACUUUAGGUCAAAGUAUGAGUCUGAACUGUCUCUUCGCCAGCUGGUAGAGACGGACAUUGGUGGCCUGCGUGGGAUCCUGGAUGAGCUGACUCUGUGCAAAGCUGAUCUGGAAGCCCAUGUGGAGUCUCUGAAGGAAGAUCUCCUUUGCCUUAAGAAAAACCACAAAGAGGAGGUUGACUUGCUUCGUGAACAGCUGGGUGACCGACUCAGUGUAGAGCUGGACACUGCCCCCACCAUCGACCUCAACAGGGUCCUGGAUGAGAUGCGUUGUCAGUAUGAAACCGUGCUGGCCAACAACCGUAGAGACGUGGAAGAAUGGUUCACUGUUCAGACAGAAGAGCUGAAUCAGCAGCAGCUGUGCAGCGCAGAGCAGCUGCAGGACUGCCAGACAGAGAUCCUGGAACUGAAACGCACAGCCAAUGCUCUGGAAAUUGAGCUCCAAGCACAGCAAAGCCUGACAGAGUCUCUGGAAUGCACUGUGGCAGAGACGGAGGCCCAGUAUAGCACCCAGCUGGCCCAGAUGCAGUGCCUGAUUGAUAACGUGGAGAACCAGCUGGCUGAGAUCCGCUGUGACCUGGAGCGGCAGAACCAGGAGUAUGAGGUGCUGCUGGACACAAAGGCUCGGCUGGAGGGUGAGAUCAACACAUACCGAGGUCUCCUUGAGAGUGAAGACAGCAGGCUUCCCUGUAACCCGUGUUCUACAAUAAGCACAUCAAGCAACACUUGUGAGGCAAGCUCAGCGUAUCUGAUUUGCACGGUCGAAAACUACUGUGCAUGAAUGUUCAACCCUCGGCGCAGUGGAUAGAAGGGUCAAAGCCAGCAGUGUCCUUGAAAGGAGAUGGGACUUCAAUCAGAUGCAUCCAAACCUAAAAGUCAAGAAGGGGUUUCUACCCUAAAUUUGUCCUCUAAACAUCCUCAUUAUAUUUCUGCUUUGUCAUUUCCUCUCCUGCCUGCUUAUUUGUGAUAUUCUAGGGGCCUAUAAAGCUUUCUUGCUAAUCUCCAAAUAAAAUAUGUUUCAUUCCUUUA